AUGUCUGGAAAGACAGAAGGGCGAGGGAACAAUGGCGGCAGCGUACCUGAUAGAAUGCGAAGUCGGGGCGGCGAGGGAGCCAUUGUGACUGCAGGGAGGGAAGCCGCUUUGGAGCAGACGGGUGCGAGAGGAAGGAAUCACCGGCGGUUCCAGUUCGAUGGCUCCAGUAUUCUCGUUGUCGUGUUCAAAACAAAGCGUGUGGGAGCGAUGGGAAGGUGCGAUCGAUGGUCAAUGAUGGAUCCGCACAGUGAGCGAGGGCAGCGUGAGAAACGAGACGAUGGACCGAUGUAUCGUCAAAAAAAAUGCCAGGACGAAAACGAACGACAGCGGCAAGCCCGGGAGGCGCAGGAGAAGGAGGGCGAGCGAGUCGCAGAUGAGAGAAGGGGAGAGGAGAGAGGAGAGAGCGAGCAAGCCUGGCAGGUGGUGACUCUGGUGAGGCGGUCGGUAGUAACGAGAGACUGCAGAGGGAGAAAAGGCACACUCGGCGUCGAGGAUAGGAGGGCCGUGGUGGUGAUGGAGGAGGACGGGAAGAUGGAAGGAGCAGCAAGCAGCAAGCAGCAAGCAGGCAGUUAG